CGAUACGUUGAAAACCCUCCCCGUCUCGAGAACAGAAUGCUUUAUAAAAGACUCGGGGAGACGUGGUUCAUUAUUUUCUAAAGAGUUCGAUUCCGUGUAUCCCUCUUUGAAUCUCGUUAUAUCGUAAAUUAGCAGAAAUAUGUCGAAUAAAGGGAGACAUACAUAUGAACGGUCCAUUCUUUUCUUUUUCCUUUUCGGAUAUUUUUUCGGAUUUUUUGGAUCGGUCGACGGUGCUAUGACGAUCGAGCAAAUGCGAAAAACAGCAACAGGAAUUCGUAAUACUUGUAUAACGAAGACUGGUGUAAAAGCAGAGCUUGUGGAGGGAAUGAAGACUGGCCAAUAUCCAGAGGAUCACGAUCUACAGUGCUAUGCGCAGUGCGUUAUGAAAACAAUUCGUACGUUUAAAAAUCAAAAAGUGGACGUGGAUAUGGUGACCAAGCAAAUCGAGAUGAUGAUGCCGAUCGAAUGGCAAGAAGAUAUGAAAGCUGCGGCAAGAAAGUGUGGAGCGCUGGAACCCUCCGACGACAUAUGCGUUACGGCCUUCAACUACGUCAAGUGUAAUUACCAUGAAAAUCCUGACAAUUUCCGAGAAAAUAUUGGAACGAGCUAUUCGUCGGAAAAAAUGAAGGCUACGAUUCUUUCAAUCUCGGUGUUCAUCGUCCUGGCCAUUUUUCAUAAUGUGGAAAGUAAAAAAAUGAACAUGGAUCAAAUAAGGAACGUAGUGAAAUCCGCGAGAAAAACUUGCGCGAGUCAAGUCGGUGCUUCAAAAGAAUUAUUGGAUAAUGCAUCACAAAAAGGUGAAUUUCCACCCGAUCCAAAGCUCCAGUGUUACUUUAAGUGCGUAUUGAUAUUGUCCAAAGCUAUGAAAAACGAUCAAUUACGGCCAGAAGUAAUGAAAACACAAGCCGAAUUGAUGUUAACUAAUGAUUUAAGCGAACGGAUCAAAGUAACGAUCGACAAAUGUUUCCCGAGCAUAACCAGCAGCGAUUCGUGCGAAGCCGCAUGGCAAUUUGCCAAGUGUUAUUACGAAACGGAUAGUUCGAUUUAUUUUAUCCCAUGAAGAAAAUAUCCUCGACAUAUUCACGAACAUAUUCAAGACGUAUCUUGCGGAGAUGGCAAAGAACACGGUUUAAGAGAACUUCAGAAGCGAUUUGUAAAAAUUCAAGAACCAAACGACAUUGUAGAAAAG